UCAGCCUCCCGAGUAGCUGGGAUUACAGGCACGCACACACUCGGCUAAUUUUUGUACUUUUUAGUAGAGAGGGAGUUUCACCAUAUUCGCCAGACUCUUUACCAGACUCCUCACCUGAAGUGAUUGGCCUGCCUUGGCCUCCCAAAGUGCUGGGAUUACAGGUGUGAGCCACCACACCCGGCUUGAGUGCGGGUUUCUUCCAUUAUAAGAAAGUGAAACCCAUAAUGAAAAUGCAUGAUGUUUCAGGAUUCUGUGGCCUUCGAGGAUGUGGCUGUGAGCUUCACCCAGGAAGAAUGGGCUUUGCUGGAUCCUUCCCAGAAGAAUCUCUACAGGGAUGUUAUGCAGGAAACCUUCAAGAACCUGACCUCUGUAGGAAAAACAUGGAAAAUUCAGAACAUGGAAGAUAAGUACAAAAAUCCCAGGAGACAUCUAAGUCUUAUGAGAGAGAAACUCUUUGAAAGCAAAGAAAGUCAUUACUGUGGAGAAAGCUUCGACCAGAUUGCAGAUGACAUGCUGAAAAAGAAAACUCUUCCUGAAGUAAUACCGUGUGAAAGCAGUGUGUGUGGAGAAGUUGGCGUGGGUCACUCAUCUCUUAAUAGGCACAUCAGAGCUGACAUUGGACACAAGUCUUCUGAGUAUCAGGAAUAUGGAGAGAAUCCAUAUAGAAAUAAGGAAUGUAAGAAAGCCUUCAGUUAUCUUGACUCCUUUCAAUCACAUGAUGAAGCUUGCACUAAAGAGAAACCCUAUGAUGGUAAAGAAUGUGCGGAAACCUUCAUUUCCCAUUCAUGCAUUCAAAGACACAAGGUGAUGCACCGUGAAGAUGGACCUUAUAAAUGUAAGUUUUGUGGGAAAGCUUUCUUUUUUCUCAGUUUAUGUCUUAUCCAUGAACGAAUUCACACUGCUGUGAAACCACAUGAGUGUAAACAGUGUGGUAAGGCCUUUACUCGUUCCACUACCCUUCCAAUACAUGAAAGAACUCACACAGGAGUGAAAGCCGAUGCAUGUAAGGAAUGUGGGAAUGCAUUCAGUUUUCCUAGUGAAAUUCGUAGACAUAAAAGGUCUCAAGCUGGAGAAAAACCCUAUGAGUGUAAGCAAUGUGGGAAAGUCUUCAUUUCUCUCAGUUCGAUUCAGUAUCAUAAGAUGACUCACACUGGAGAGAAACCCUAUGAAUGUAAGCAGUGUGGGAAAGCCUUUAGAUGUGGCUCACACCUUCAAAAGCAUGGAAGGACUCACACUGGAGAGAAACCCUAUGAAUGUAGGCAAUGUGGUAAAGCCUUCAGAUGUACCUCGGACCUUCAAAGGCAUGAAAAGACACACACUGCUGAUAAACCCUAUGGAUGUAAGCAGUGUGGUAAAGGCUUUAGAUGUGCUUCACAACUUCAAAUUCAUGAAAGGAUGCACAGUGGAGAGAAGCCCCAUGAAUGUAAGGAAUGUGGAAAAGUAUUCAAGUAUUUUUCUUCCUUGCAUAUACAUGAAAGGACGCACACUGGAGAGAAGCCCCAUGAAUGUAAGCAAUGCGGAAAAGCAUUCAGGUAUUUCUCUUCCUUGCAUAUACAUGAAAGGACACACACUGGAGAUAAGCCAUAUGUGUGUAAGGUCUGUGGCAAAGCCUUCACUUGUUCCAGUUCCAUUCGAUAUCAUGAAAGGACUCACACUGGAGAGAAACCCUAUCAAUGUAAGCACUGUGGUAAGGCCUUUAUUUCCAAUUACAUUCGAUAUCAUGAAAGGAUUCGAUAUCAUGAAAGGACUCACACUGGAGAGAAACCCUAUCAAUGCAAGCACUGUGGCAAAGCCUUUAUUCGUGCCAGUUCAUGUCGAGAACAUGAAAGAACUCAUACCAUUAAUAUAUGAGAAAUCCUGUUAGUGGAAGAAAUAGGAGAAGCUUUCUAUUGUCCCACUUCCUUUGAAACACGAGAAAAGAGAGUGGUGAAAGGAUCUCUGGAUAACUGCCUUUUGAAUUGAGAAGAGAGACCUGCAAAAGGACAAUAACAUCUAGAAGGACUUGGAUGGUUCCAUAAUACAAUUCACCUAUAGCCAAUCUUGCAUGAGAUUUCAAAGGCACAGACAAGGAAGGCAUCAGUCACACAUUAGAGGCACCACACAGGAGAGAGGUGUGUGGCUACCUGCUUCCAGCCCAUUUUCCUGAUUCUUUCACUUGUUAACCGAGAGUAUCCCCCAAAUCACUUGUCUCUGUUCCUCAGAGCUAUAGGUCUCCAGAGAUGUCCCCAGGUGCUCCACAUUAAAGAUACAUGCCCGCUUUGCUAUUUCUUCAGAAAUGUUAAAAUGUUUACCAGAGAACUAAUAAAUGUUGUCAUGGCUGGAAAUACUCCCUGAUGCCCAACUCCUCUAUAGAUUGAGUUGGUUUAAGAGGUCUACUUUGUGUUGCAAGCAUUGUUGUUUCUACGGAUAGUGACCUUGUUCUUGAUUAAACCAACUAGAUGGGAGCUUGUUCCUCUGCUGCAUUGUGCAGUGAUUGGUGUCACCAAGGGCUUUUAUGUGAGAAGAGCCACCUUGCUCUUAUCAGGAAACAUAUCACAACUGAAUGUAAUGUCUCACUUCAUUUUUAACUUUGUAUGAGUAUACCUGACUAAAAACACUAUCGUGGUUUCUUGGCAACAAAGACUUUUGUUCAUGUAUUUUAGAAAUAAGCUUAUUAACUGUUUAUAACAACUGCAUACUAACAAUUAUUUUUUAAUUAAGAAGCUAUAUUACAACAUCCCAUUAGCAUCAUGUAUUAGAUCAAGUUGAUAGUGUUGCCAUGUUAUCCCGUGGACACUGUGAGUCAGUGUUGCCAUGUGGAUGUCAGGCAUAUUUUUCUUCAUGUAGAUUUUACUUUUCAUGCUUAUAUUCUUAGUUUUUAUCUGGAUCAUGACUUUUCAUUUAUUCUAAACACCAAAGGUCAUCUCAUGUUCUUCAGUGACUACUGACCAAAGACCACCAGUGGCAUAACUGUCGUCAAAGAGGGUGUAACAUACUGUAGUAAUGAAUAUGACCAAAAGCCAUAGAUGACUGUGAGAUGUAUGAGAAUUACAAGGUAGUCACAUUCAUGAGAAGAG